AUGGAUGAAGUGAAUCGUUCUAUAGUAGCUGAGUUUGUGUUCCUUGGACUCUCUGAUUCAUGGGAGAUCCAACUUCUUCUCUUUCUGUUCUCCUCUGUGGUCUAUGUGGCAAGUAUUCUGGGAAACCUGCUCAUUUUGCUCACUGUGAUCUUUGAUCCUCACCUACACUCUCCAAUGUACUUUCUGCUGGCUAACCUGUCCCUCAUUGACAUAGGAGGUUGCUCCAUUGCAGCCCCUAAAAUGAUUUGUGAUCUUUUCAGGAAUCACAAGGUCAUCUCAUUUGGCGGCUGUGUUGCUCAGAUUUUCUUUACUCAUGCUCUUGGUGGUGCUGAGAUGGUGUUGCUCAUUGCCAUGGCUUUUGACAGAUAUAUUGCCAUUUGUAAGCCUCUCCACUACCUGACCAUCAUGAACCCAAGAAUGUGUACUUUACUUUUGAUUGUUGCUUGGAUCACUGGAGUCACUCACUCAGGGGUCCAACUGGCUUUUAUUGUAGACUUGCCAUUUUGUGGUCCCAAUGUAUUAGAUAGUUUUUUCUGUGACCUUUCUCAGUUGAUUCAACUAGCUUGUACUGAUACCUAUAAAUUGCAGUUCAUGGUUAAUGCUAAUAGUGGGUUCAUCUCUCUGGCUUGCUUCUGUUUAUUGCUCAUCUCCUAUAUCUUCAUUUUAGUCACUGUACAGAAACAUUCUUCAGGAGUUUCUUCCAAGGCCCUCUCUACUCUGGCAUCUCAUAUCACUGUAGUGCUUUUAUUCUUUUGCCCACUUAUAUUUUUCUAUACAUGGCCUCACACCAUAUCCCACCUGGAUAAGUUUCUUGCCAUCUUUGAUGCAGUUCUUACUCCUUUUCUGAAUCCAGUCAUCUAUACAUUUAGGAACAAAGAGAUGAAACUGGGGAUGAGGAAAAUGUACGGUCGGCUUGUUCUCUUAAAAAAUCUCUCUUAA